UAAAAAAUAUGUUUUUCUAUUUUCGACCCAAGUGUACUCUCCUGUUUUCUUCUUGAAACUGAAAAACACAGAUUACCAAUCAACUUAUACACAAUCUUCGAAGAGAACUCAACAACAUCAGACUGUGCCAUUGAAUUUGUCAAGAGAUGAUAAAUUGAAAAAAAAAAACAUGGAAGAUAUCCAUUCCACCCAAACUGAAUCAAAAAGUGCCUUGUGCCAUCUCCAAUCGAGCCAAACGCAGCAACAAAACUGUUCCCAUUCAAAGGACACCACACCUACGCCUCGAGUAUUUCCCUCAUCGAAAUGGGUCAAAUUGAAUGUCGGCGGAAAGACGUUCAUUACGACACUCAGUACUUUGGUGAACAAGGAGCCCGAUUCGAUGUUAUCGCGAAUGUUUUCACAGGACGGUGCCAUGAACCCCAGUGACCUUGAUGAGCACGGUGCUUAUCUGAUAGACCGCAGUCCACAUUACUUUGAACCCAUUAUGAAUUAUCUGCGACAUGGGCAAUUAAUUUACGACUCAAAUUUAAACGUCGAGGGAAUUUUGGAGGAGGCGAGGUUCUUUGGCGUUUAUUCACUCAUUCCCCAGCUGGAGGCUCAAUUGAAUGUGGCCAAUGAGUCUCUUGAUGAUGUGCCAUUGACAAGAAGAGAUGUGAUAAAAGCCCUCAUCCAGACGUCGCAUAUAUCCGAGAUAAGGUUCCAAGGAGUCAAUUUAGCCGGAGCCGAUUUAAGGAAGCUGGACUUUAGAAAUAUAAACUUUAAGUACGCGUGCCUGCAGCGAUGUAACUUGUCCCAUGCGAAUUUGACUUACUGUUGCCUCGAGCGAACUGACUUGGCCUAUGCAAACCUGGAGUGUUCCCAAUUGGUGUCCGUAAAAGGUUUGUGCGCCAACAUGGAAGGUGCGAAUCUCCGUGGUUGUAAUUUCGAAGAUCCCACGGGUGUUCGCACCAACCUCGAAGGCGUUAACUUAAAAGGCGCCUGCCUAGAAGGUAGUAAUAUGGCCGGAGUAAAUUUACGCGUUGCAAAUCUUAAAAACGCCAACAUGAAAAAUUGUAAUCUGCGAGCGGCUGUGCUGGCGGGCGCCGAUUUGGAACGCUGCAAUUUAUCCGGCAGCGACCUGCAAGAGGCCAAUUUGCGAGGCGCCAACCUUAAGGAUGCCGAAUUGGAAUUAAUGGUCACUCCAUUGCAUAUGGCCCAGGCAAUUCGUUGAAACAAAACACAAAAAUACAUACGUUCAUACACAUAAUUCCUUAGUUAUUAUACCUAUAUAAUAAAAUCGCGAUAAUCUAAGGACCCCAUUUAUUAUAUAAACAAAAAUAUAUAUAUAAUAUAAGUUGGCGAGAGACUGCUACUGUUAUUGUUGCUGCACAUCACCUGUGAUUCCAGAUUAAUAUCCUAUUUUAUGAUUGCCCGUCCUUUAUAUGUUCAUUUUAAAACAUUUUUUUAUUUAGUAUAUUUACUUAUUACUUUUUAAAUAUAUAUUCGAAAAUUGCAUGAUUUAUACUAUUUUAAGUUUACUUAAUUUUGAUCUAGGCGCAAGCUUCUUUCAUGCCUUAAACAAUGGUUAGUUUUUAUUUUAAAUAUUAUUUUAUCUAUAAGUAUGUAAUUUUAAUUAAAUAUUAUUUUUAUCCAUCUUUACAUUAUUCAAAACCCAAUAAAUGCAAAACUAGAGUAA